AUGUCCUCUUCCUCCCCCACGGACCAGAUCGCAAGUGCGGUGGAGAUAAAGCAAGAAAAUGGGAUGGAAGCCGCCCCCGAAGGAAAGGAGGCGCCACGAGAAGUGGUGGGGGGAGCCGUGGCAGCACUCAAUCCUCCGGCUGCCGCCCCUUUCCCCAUGGAGCCCGGGGCGGCAGCGGCCGUAGCGGCCGCGGCCGCAGCCGCAGCAGCGGCCGCAGCAGCAGUGGCCGCCGCGGGAGCUGCGGCGGACCAGGUACAACUCCACUCUGAACUUCUAGCCCGAAACCACCAAGCAGCCGCGGCGGCCGCCGCCGCCGCCGCCGCCGCCGCCGCCGCGGCUGCAGCGCAGACCCCGCUGGCUUUUUCUCCGGACCACGUCGCCUGCGUUUGCGAAGCAUUGCAGCAAGGGGGAAACUUGGACCGCCUGGCCCGGUUCCUGUGGUCUCUGCCCCAGAGCGACCUGCUACGUGGCAACGAGAGUCUCCUGAAAGCCCGAGCUUUGGUCGCCUUCCACCAGGGCAUCUACCCAGAGCUCUACAGCAUCCUCGAGAGCCACAGCUUCGAGUCGGCCAACCACCCGCUUCUGCAGCAGCUCUGGUACAAGGCGCGCUACAGUGAAGCCGAGAGAGCGCGGGGCCGGCCCUUGGGAGCCGUGGACAAGUACAGGCUGAGGAGGAAAUUCCCCCUGCCCCGGACCAUCUGGGACGGAGAGGAGACGGUGUAUUGUUUCAAGGAGAAAUCGCGCAACGCGCUCAAGGAGUUGUACAAGCAGAAUCGUUACCCGUCCCCGGCAGAGAAGCGGCACCUGGCCAAGAUCACCGGCCUCUCCCUCACUCAGGUCAGCAACUGGUUCAAGAACCGGAGGCAGCGCGACCGGAACCCCUCCGAGACCCAGUCCAAAAGGUGAGGAG